AUGCUGGACAUGCCGGUUUUUCGCCAGCCCGAACGCACGGGGAAUGAAUAUCGAACAUCAGAGAGAACACCUCUCAAGGCGUCUACAUGGAGUGGCUACCUCAGGCACCUUGGCCCGGUGGCCGGGCUCAAAUAUCGUCUGACCCAGUACGUCUGGCGACGUUCUCUCAUCAACGCCAUCAACAACAGAGCUCCGUCUUCUGUUCGGGAUCAAGUCGCCGACCACGAAACCAACGCGGUACGGUACUAUCUAGACACGAUCAUCCGGUUCGAUCUGGAAGCCGCGGCCAUGGAGCUGCCAUCUAAUGAUGUGGUUCAGAAAGCAGCCCAUGGGCUGUUCUUGAACACUGACACCACCGCCCUCACAGAACUUACAGAUGAACUGAAAAGAAAGAUCACUGACAACUCAAAGAUUAGAGAACUUGCUGAGCAAAGUAAAGAGCUGACUCAGAAGCUCAGGGCAAUGAGAUUUCAUUCUGUGCUGGCAGCGCGGGGCAAAACUCCACUAUACAAGAAGAAGAUGAAGGCAGUUUCUCAGUUGAACUGCAGCAAAGUUUAUCUUCACUCCAAGCUUAUCAAGUGA